GAACUUUUUACAGUCCAACUAUCUGUUCUGUUAAGUGAACUAUGGCGUCCAUUUUGAGCGAUCAAAAACAGUUACCCAACUGUGGCACGUCUUUAGUGGAUAGUGACCCUGUAAUUCUUCGAUGUAAUCAAACUUUAAAACUUGAAACUGCCAUAGAAAUAUUAAAUAAUACUGAUCAAUAUAAAGUUAUUCAUAAAGUUCCUGAAAAUCCAAAAGGAGGAGAUACUUUUUUGCUUAUUCCUUUAAACGGUGAAGAUUCCUGGAAAAACGAUGGGUACAAAUGGUGCCAUUAUGGACCAAAACUUGUACCUGGAAAAAAUCCAACAGUCCAAAAAAGAUAUUAUGCUGCUUAUAUGAGUAAUGGAAAAGUUUCAAAGUUUCAUAAAAAUGUUUAUCAGUUAAUAAAUGACGAGCGGGAAAGAGUUCCAGUUGUUGUACAUUAUUUUGGAGAUCAUACAAUAGCUGCAAUGCGAGACUCUAAAAAAGAAUUAAAACAUUCAGAUAAAUCUGUUGUUUCUAGUGAGCACCAAUAUUCAAGAUAUGAAGAUAAAAAAGGAACUGUUCACCGAGCAGUAAAACCGAAACAACAAAAAAAGUGUAUUUUAUCAAAAGAAGAUUUUCUUGAGCUUCACAGAAUAGCUUAUGGUUUAGACUCUUAUGUUAAGUUAAUUUCCCAUUUUCCUGAUUUGGUUAUUGUUUUUGGCUCAAAAGAAAUAUCUGAUGAUCUUGAGAAUUUAUUAGGGUUGAAUCAGGAACCUCGACCAUUAUUUUCUUAUAGUAAUUCAUAUGAGCUAGGAGAUUAUGUUGUGUCUUCCUUCUUGUUUACUCAUCCAGCUUUUCUAGAGCGUCCUACUAUUCCAUCUCACUUUGUUAUUCAUGAAAAAACUUGUGGAUUAGCACAUCAAGAGCUUUGUCGAAUUUUAUCCCAAAUGGUGCCUAGUAUAGUUGGAAGUUCUAAUCCAGUUGUCUUAAAUUUGGAUCCAAAUAAAUUUUCUGCAAUUAGCACUGUUUUUCCAAAUAUGCAUACACUAUUUUCUUGGAAAGAUGUUAUAGCAAAUACAAAAGCGUGGUUGUAUGCUAAUGGUGCUAGUCAGCAGGAAGUUACAGUUUAUAUAGAAGAUUUGCGCCAACUUUUUUCAAGGCGCUCAAAAGAACUAUAUGAAGAAGCACUCGUUGAGUGCAAAACUCGCUGGCAUGACUUUUUUGAAGAGUAUUACAUGAAAGAAAUUCAUGAAGUUGUUAAUGAUAGAUUAGGUAGAUGGGCACUUGAAAAGUGGAAUGUGUAUAAUCCCUAUACAGGUGUGACUGAUAAAAGUAAUGAAGGUAUGGAAAUUGUUAUUAGACAACUUAAAGUCUCAGGAAAUUCACCUGUUCAAUCAACUGUUUUGUCUCUUUGUUUAUUACAGCGUUGGUUGUCUUGUGAGAUUUCUAAAAGCUUUUGUGGAGUAGGACCCUACACAAUGCGUGCAGAAUUUCAAGCACUUCAAAGAAAUAUGGAUGAUAUUAAUAACAGUUCUCCUUCCUGUCCACCUGACCAGAUUUUGUUUUAUAUUCAAAAUAAACAGGUUUUGGUGGCAGAAGGGAUUUUAAAAGAUGAUGCUGAGAAUUCUGAAAUCAAAAUGAAUUUACAGUCUGCAGCUACUCAGCUAUUAAAAGCUGGUGCAAUUGAGUUAAAUAGCAAACAGCAAACUUUUACUGUAAAAGUCAACCCUGUUACUUAUUAUGAAGUUAGUUUGUUUCCUAAAGUUUCUUGUUCAUGUCUGGAAAACAGGAGUGGAUUAUGCUCGCAUGUUUUAGCUGUUAAAAUGAGUCUUGGUAUAAACAUUGAAGAUGACUUGCGUAAGUAUCAACCCCAGCGAAAUAUUAAAUCUGAAAUAAAAUUGAACUCUGAUAAAAAAAUGAAAAGGGAAGGAAGCAACGAAGAUAGAUUAUUUCACCACUUACAUAGCAAAAGAUCAAAGGAGGUUAUCUCUGAUGAAGAUGUUUCAAUCCAAAGUAAUGAAAUGACACAUGUUAAUGAAAACAUUGACCCAGAGGGCAAUGAAGCAGUAGAUGUUGAUCAUACUACUACUGUGCUUUUACAUAAUACACUUGAUGAUGCUACACAAUUACAAAACCUUUUGCAAAUGUCUAACCCUUCAUUCCAGCAUGAAGUAGGUAUGAAUAUGUAGCACAAUCUUAUAUUUUAUGUAUACAUGAUAAUUGCGAACUCUUUAAUUCGUUUAUUUAAUGGAGUUUAUAAAUUCCGACGACAGUUUCAAGCAAAAAAAAUAAGUCUUGGUUUAUUUAAAAUUGUUAUGAAUUUUUAUUGAAUUGUAUGAUCUAUGUUUUAAACCGGUUUGAUCUAAACCAAAUAAAUUGUGUUGAUGUUA